UCAUGGGUUUGCUUCUUUUUUCCUCCCUUUUUUAAAACAAUUUUUCUGAUUGAAGUGUGUGUUUUCUUUCAGGCUUACGCCAAGUUUUCUGGGGCAAAAGUCACGGUUUCUCCUAUUGACUGGACAUGGAAAACUCUCACAGCGACGGUCCCAGAGUUGCUGUGUGGAGACUCUGCAGUUCAAGAACCUACAAAUAUUCUCAACUUCCUGAGAAAACGGAAGUUUAAUGCAGACUAUGAACUGACAGCCCGACAAGGAGCAGACACCAUGGCGUACAUCGCUCUGCUUGAAGAGAAACUACGACCAGCUCUGUUGCACACUUUCUGGGUGGAUGCAGAAAACUACGCCAACCUGACACGGCCAUGGUUUGCUUCACGCUCGCCAUUCCCUCUGAACUUUUUCAUUCCCAAUCACUAUGCCAACACCGCCCUCUCCCGCAUCCUUCUAACCAAAGGAGAGGCGCCGCUACACAGAAUCACCGAGGUCGAGGGAAAGAUCUACAGUGAUGCUAAAGAGUGCCUGAAUCUCCUCUCAUACAGACUGGGAACGGCAGACUACUUCUUUGGCAACUUGCCGACCAGUCUGGACGCCUUUGUGUUUGGUUUUGUGGCUCCAAUGUACAAAGCCAGUCUCCCCAGCAGCCCUCUGCAGAGCCACCUCAGACAGCUCGAUAACCUCACAAGCUUCUGUGACAACAUCCUCGCCGUCUACUUCAGCUCGGACCACCCUUGUCCCCCCCCACCUGUUCAGGAAACAAUGGAUGCCAACCUCCAGAAACUAACUCAGCUUGUAAACAAAGAGUCCAACUUGAUAGAGAAGAUGGAUGACAACCUUCGCAGCAGCCCUCAGCACAAACCCCACAGACCAGACCCCAAACCCAGUCUGGCCAGUGAGCAGAGCUCUACUCCUGCCUGACCCCUGACCCCUGACCUGUCAACCCUGAUCCAGGCUUAUGAAUGGAGGAGAGAAAGCCUGUCGGUGAAAGCUGCAGUUCUGACUCAACAUCCUAAAAAUAUAAAAAAAUGUCAUCCAGGGGAAAUAUGGUUUGAAUGGAAAAUAACCUAAUAAUUAUUGGAAGUAUGACUAUAUAACUAUUAAAGAGGCUAUUUUAUAGAAACAUAAUGAUGAUUGAUUUCAAAGAUGUUGGUCUGAAAGAGAUGGAAAAGUGCAUGUGUGGGGUUUUAGAAGAAGGUUGAGUGCAUGUAUGUGGUUAUGGAUGGAAUUCUAUGAAGUGGCGUUUGAUGAGAAAGACACAGAAAGUUGAAGGAAAGUAAAAGUCCAGCAGGGAAAAGAAGCGACCACCUAACCACUUGAUCCUUUUGUUUUCUGUAAGAAAUAUGUAUUUACAUUUUUCAGUUCAUGCACCAUAGGACACGUGUGACAUGUGUUUCCUCACCUGCGUCAUGAGGAUAUUGAAGUUGGUUAAAUACGCAUUGAUCUCUGACAUGGUUCAGAGUUGUGCUAGAGCACCAAAUGGGAAGAUGUGUUUAGUUACGUUACUCCAGUUUUAUAAAUCAGUUUUCAUUUUAGCAUGACGGUGAUCUGAGAUCUUUCACCUCCUGUAAAAAUCUUCUGUAAAUUCUGACAUUUAAAUUAGUGUUAUGUACAGUAUGUAUACAGUCAUGACUAGGAAAAAACAAUCACGUAUUUUGUUUUGCUCUCAUCUCCUCUGCUUUGUAUAGCUUGUAUAGUUGUAAAUAUUUUCAUGAUGGAAAUCAAUGCAAUUUACUUGUGGUUUCCUCUCAUAGGGCUGAUCAUCAUCUUCUUCAGUCUUUGCUAGAUACACUGAGGUGAUUCAUACACACUCUAGUAACUUAUUCAUGCAGAAUAUUUGGGACUAAUGAGUGUUUGUGUGAGAGUUUACCCAAGAAACCAGUGUGUUUCAAUUACAGUUUCUUUGUUUUGCAAGAUAACUGUCAUUACCAAUCCACUCGCAGUUGUUGCCAUAGUUUUUCCACAAUCAAUCUUACAGGUACAUCAUUUAUUUUGUUUCGAUUUUUCAGCUGUGUUGUCAUUUGCUGUGCCUAUUUAACAACUUGUUAAAACUGAAGUGUCUGUCCCAUCUGGGAAUAUCUCAUUAUCUGCCUCAUGUGUUUUUUUGUUUUUAAUGUCAUGCUCCCCAAUAUCCUCACAGCUCAUACACUUCUGAACUGUGUCUACUCUGUGAUUAGUGUCUCAGUCUAAAAGUAUUAAUACUUUUCAAGAUACUUGGGCUUCUGCAACUUCCAAACACAACAUUUUGCAGUUACAUUCCCUUUAAAGCACCAUACCCUGAAACAAAAGCAUUCAUUGGUGUGUUUGCGUGCAUGUGUGUGUGUGUGUGUUUUGGCAAUUACAAAAUGUUGACAGACAACAAUCAGGCUUGUGAGGACCAUAAGGCUGCAGUGUGCCUUCAUGACUGCUGGUGUCUUUGUGCAAUUGUCCAAAUGUUAACGGUUCAUAAUUUUCAUACAUUGCCACAAAUUAUCUUUUGUCAUUUCUGUUACUGUUGUUCACCCUGUUUGGAUGGUUGGUAGCAACUGUCAUCAUAUAAUUGAAAUACAAAUAUAAUCCAA